AAAGGAGGCGGGGUUUGCGCCAGUUCUGUUGGAAAAAAUAACGCGUGCAAACGCGCUACUACUGGCGCAUGCGCAAUUUAGUCUUUAUGCCAAACGGGCGCUUUGGGGCGGAGAUGAAACCCGCUGCUUGCUGCAGAAAUAUCUGAUAAUCAACAAACCCAGUGAUGCUCAGUGCAGACUGACAUGGCAGUUUUCCUCGCAGGACUGUGAGUGGAUCUGCAAGAGAAUGCGGGAACCGAACGUCACCUUCGUUUUCCAAUCGCAGACGAAUCCCCGAAGUCUUUCCGUAACCAGCGUUUGAACUAUUUUCUGUAAUAGCUCACACAUGCUUCCCACAUGCCGGCUUGUAAAUAAAGGGAGAACCUUUUUGAAAUAAAGUGCUGUUUUUGCCCUCGUCACACGUCAUCACUUUUACUGAUCACUGCAUCUGGUUGCCAUUUUUUAUGAGCUUUCUGGUCUGUAACUGGUUUGAUCUUAAUGAAACAUGGAGGCCAAUAUGGAAUAUAUUGUGGAACAGGUGAUGCAGAAAGACCUGGGACGGCGACUCCAGGUCGGACAAGAGAUCAUAGACUACGUUCUGGACAGGCAGAGGUCACAUGACCUGGAGCAUGAUCAGACCAUGCUUGACAAGAUGGUGGACGGCUUGGCUACUUCGUGGGUCAACUCGAGCAACUUCAAGGUGGCUCUUCUGGGAAUGGACAUUGUCUCUGCUUUAGUCACCAGAUUACAAAAUAAUUUUAAACCCCAAAUUGGUACAGUCCUGCCCAGUUUAACAGACCGUUUAGGUGAUGCCAAAGACCAAGUAAGAGACCAAGCCCAUUCUCUGCUGUUAAAAAUAAUGGAUCAAGCUGCCAAUCCACAGUACGUAUGGGACCGAAUGUUGGCAGGAUUCAAACACAAGAACAACAGGACCAGAGAGGCUGUCUGUUUUUGCCUUAUUUCAACAUUAAAUAUAUAUGGAGCCAGGGGUUUAACUCUGAGCAAGAUUGUGCCUCACAUAUGUGGCCUGUUAGGAGACCCUACAAGUCAGGUUCGAGAUGGAGCUAUGAACUGUCUUGUGGAGAUUUACAGACAUGUCGGAGAGAGAGUGCGAAUGGAUCUUGGGAAAAAAGGCUUGCCACAAUCAAGGUUGAACGUCAUUUUUAGUAAAUUUGACGAAGUACAGCGAUCCGGAAAUAUGGUCCUGUCUGUAGAUAAGAAUAUAGAUGAUGACGACUCUGUGGAUGGAGGACGUUCCUCUGCCUCCUCUAAAGGAGCAGCUUCUGUCCGCCGAACAGGAUCCAUGCGCAGGCCUAGCUCUGGCUCGAGCUCCAAGAGCGCAGGCAAAGAGGUGUCAGGUGCUGGUGCUGUGGAUGAGGAAGACUUCAUCUGUGCCUUUGAAGAUGUGCCCACGGUACAGAUUUACUCCAACAGAGAGCUUGAGGAGUCCAUGAAUAAAAUCAGAGACGUCCUCUCAGAUGAAAAGCAAGACUGGGAGAACAGAGUGUUGGCGCUGAAGAAGGUACGUUCGCUGCUGCUUGCCGGAGCCACCGAUCACGAAGUGUUCCUUCAACAAUUGCGGCAGCUGGAAGUAGCGUUAAAGCUCUCAGCUAAAGACCUGCGCUCUCAAGUUGUCCGUGAGGCCUGCAUUACACUGGGGUAUUUGUCAUCUGUUCUGGGUAACAAGUUUGACCAUGGAGCAGAGUCCAUCAUGCCCACACUGCUCAAUCUCGUCCCCAACAGCACUAAAGUGAUGGCCACAUCCGGCGUAGCAGCCAUCCGCCUUAUCAUAAGACACACACACUAUCCUCGGCUUAUCCCCAUCAUUACCAGUAACUGCACAUCUAAAUCCGUGGCUGUCCGUCGGCGCUGUUAUGAGUUUUUAGACCUUUUACUCCAGGAAUGGCAGACGAGCUGUCUGGAGAGACAUGUCCCUGUUCUGAUGGAAACUGUUAAGAAAGGAGUCCAUGAUGCAGACUCAGAAGCCAGAAUGGUUGCUAGAAAGUGUUAUUGGGGCUUCCACGGCCACUUCAGUAAGGAGGCGGAGCAGCUGUUUCAAGCCCUCGAACUGACCUAUCAGAAGGCUCUGCAGUCGCAUCUGAAGAGCUCGGACAGUGUUAUGUCGCUCCCUCAGUCCGAUCGCUCCUCCUCCAGCUCUCAAGAAAGCCUCAAUCGUCCCCAGGCUGGGAAAACACCUGUAGCAAGCAGUGUAACCAGAAAUAAAGUGGUUAGCUCUCGAGUGUCCUCCUCGCCUGGCUCGUUGCAGCGAUCACGCAGCGAUGUUGACGUCAACGCUGCCGCCACAGCGAAGUCUCGAAUGCCCAAAGUACCCGCUGCUGCUCCCUUCACCUCAGCUGGAGCGCUGCCACCCGGCUCCUAUGCCUCGCUAGGUCGUGUACGCACACGGAGACAGAGUUCAGGCAGCAGCGCUGGAGGCGGAGCCUCUGUUACAGACAGUCGGGGGCGGAGCAGAGCGAAAGUGGUGUCACAGUCACAACCUGGGAGUCGUUCCAGUUCUCCAGGGAAGCUUAUUGGUCAGUCCUAUGGCAAGAUGUCCUCUGUGACCCAGGCAGAGAAGCGCAGUAGGAUCCCACGCAGUCAAGGCUGCAGCCGAGAGAGCAGCCCGGGUCGCUCCGGCCAGGUGCGGGGUAGUCGUAUCCCACGGCCCAGUAUGAGUCAGGGUUGCAGUCGUGACACGAGCAGGGAGAGCAGCAGAGACACAAGUCCUGCACGGGGUUUUACUCCCCUUGUGUCUCGGCGUCACUCGCGCUCCACCAGUGCCCUGACCAGCGGCGACGCUUUGCAAACAGACCGUUUUGGGCUGAUCCAUCAGGCACGGAUCUCUGCUUCGGUCAACGCCAUGCGCAUCCUGAAUACAGGCAUGGAGGUGGAGGCAGCAGUGGCUGAUGCUCUGCUGUUAGGAGACUCCAGGAAUAAGCGGAGGCCCAUACGGCGUUGGCACGAGUCCCCAGGCAUGUACUCAGAUGAUGAUGCUAACAGCGAUGCCUCCAGCGCCUGUUCAGAGCUUUCCUACAGUUCCCGGAACGGAGGAGUGCCGCACUACAUGCGUCAGACGGAGGACGUAGCCGAGAUCCUGAACCACUGUGCCAGUUCCAACUGGUCCGAGAGGAAAGAAGGCCUGCUGGGCCUCCAGAACCUUCUGAAGAGCCAAAGAACCCUCAGUCGUGUGGAACUCAAGAGGCUGUGUGAGAUUUUCACUAGGAUGUUCGCUGACCCUCACAGCAAGGUGUUCAGCAUGUUCCUAGAAACUCUGGUGGACUUCAUUGUGCUGCACAGGGAGGAUCUGCAGGACUGGCUCUUUGUGCUCCUCACACAGCUAUUGAAGAAGAUGGGCGCUGAUCUUCUGGGAUCAGUGCAGGCCAAAGUGCAGAAAGCUCUCGAUGUCACCAGGGAUUCAUUUCCCUACGAUCAGCAAUUCAACAUUUUAAUGCGCUUCAUUGUCGAUCAGACGCAAACUCCAAACCUCAAGGUGAAGGUGGCCAUUCUGAAGUAUAUCGAGUCUCUGGCCCGGCAAAUGGAUCCCAGUGAUUUUGUGAACUCCAGUGAGACUCGCCUGGCUGUCUCCCGUAUCAUCACCUGGACCACAGAACCCAAGAGCUCAGAUGUCAGAAAGGCUGCUCAGAUGGUCCUGAUCUCCCUCUUCGAGCUGAACACACCAGAGUUCACCAUGCUCCUGGGUGCGCUGCCUAAAACUUUCCAGGAUGGAGCCACCAAACUUCUGCAUAAUCACCUGAAGAAUUCAAGCAAUGCUGCUGCCACGAGUUCGCCGAGCAACACAGUAGGCCGUAUGCCUCCAAGACUCUCUGGUUCCCGCACCAGUCCCCUGACGUCCCCCACAAACUGCUCUCAUGGAGGCCUCUCACCCAGUCGUAUAUGGGGCUGGAGUUCGAACGGUCUAUCAAAGGCCCCGUGUCCCUUCACUCCCCCUCCCUCUGGCCCUGGCACCCCCCCUCACCGACUUGGGCGCCGGGCCCCCUCGCCCAGCAUGCUGGAAUAUGACACAGAGAACAUGAACUCAGAUGAGAUCUACAGCUCUCUGCGAGGAGUCACUGAAGCCAUUCAGAGCUUCAGCUUCCGCAGCCAGGAGGACAGCUACGAGCCAAUCAAACGUGACACCAAGAAAGAUGACGCAAGUGCAGUAGCGUCCUCCAUUGCAGACCCGCGGCUAGGUACAGACAUGAUGGAGGGAGGCCGAACUGCUCUGGACAACAAGACUUCGUUACUGAAUACACCGUCCCCUCGCCCUUUCCUGGGGCCCAAGACACGCGAGUACAAUCCCUACAACUACACUGACUCCAUCAGCACUUACGAUAAAACUGCUCUGAAGGAGGCAGUGUUCGAUGAUGAUGUCGAACAGAUUCGUGAUGGUCGUCGUCAAGAGUUUGGUGAAAACAAAAUCAUGGCUCCCAAAAGUUAUUCUACAGGCCCUGCACAGCACUUGGAGCUGGUCGGUGAUCUCCUGAAGGAACUGUCCAGUCACAGCGAGCGUGUGGAGGAGAGGCGGGCCGCCCUGUUGGAGCUGUUGAAGGUGACCCGUGACGACAGCAUAGCCGUAUGGGAGGAGCAUUUUAAAACCAUGCUGCUGCUGCUUCUGGAGACGCUGGGGGACAAAGAUCACACCAUCCGGGCGCUGGCUCUGCGUGUGCUGAAAGAGAUGUUACGCAGUCAACCUACACGCUUCAGGAACUACGCAGAACUGACCAUUAUGAAAACACUGGAGGCGCACAAAGACUCCCACAAAGAGGUGGUGCGCGCUGCAGAGGAAGCCGCUUCCACCUUGGCUUCCUCCAUCCACCCGGAGCAGUGCAUAAAGGUUCUGUGUCCCAUUGUACAGACUGCAGACUACCCCAUCGACCUAGCCGCCAUUAAAAUGCAGACCAAAGUCAUCGAGCGCAUUCCGGAAGAUUCUCUAUAUCAGCUGCUGCCUGACAUCAUCCCCGGCCUACUACAGGGUUAUGAUAACACUGAGAGCAGCGUGAGGAAAGCCAGUGUCUUCUGCCUUGUGGCAAUUUAUUCUGUGAUUGGAGAAGGACUGAAGCCUCAUCUUGCCCAACUGACAGGCAGCAAAAUGAAACUACUAAACCUUUACAUCAAGCGAGCCCAAACUACCAACAGCAACAGCAGCAGCUCCUCUGACAUCUCGUCUCACAGCUAAACCGACCAAUCACAUCGGAAGCCAAACCUAACCGCACACCCCGUCCAGUUCUACUGAAACAACCCGGUUUCAGAACAUCCCAGGGUCGGACGUCUUCUGCUAAUUAAAGGACAGUAUGUGGUACUGAACUGGGUUGCUUGUAUUGCUCUACUCUUGAAUCUUGACUCGUGUAAUGUAUCAGACAUCUGUGCCUCAGUCCAGUGGACCUGUUUGUCUGUAUUCUCAGUCUGUUUCUACACUAAAGGAUAACUCUUGCUUUUUUGUUGUUGUAUUUAAAUCUCUCAUUACCACAUCUACAGAAUAUGUGUAAUGACAUCAAUUUAGAAAACAUUUUUAGAAAAUUGCCCAUUACUGAGAAAACCUCUUCAUAUUCUGGUAGCUUAAAAUGAAAGUCUCGAGGCAGUUGUCUAGUGGACAAAUAUUUCGAACACUUUUAGAAAUUUAUAAGUUCAUUCUGUAGAAAUCUUUCAGAAUCAGAACGAAUAUGAUGGCAUAUGAUAUAGACACUGUAUCUAUGUGUAUGUGACACAAAAUCGUAUCGGAUGAACCCUAUCAUGCCAAAACAUAAAAACAUUUUGGUUGAAGUGGUUCGAUCAGUUAGAGUUUUGAAUUCUUGUUAUACAGACUUAAACAUUAAUUCUGCAUCUGGCUUUAGACAUGUGCACCGAAGUUUAAAUCUUUUUCAAUACAUGCAAAUGUUCAUGAACACGUUGGUGCUUGGACCCCUUCAGAGAAACAGUUCUCUCAGUACUGUGAAGCAUCCAGGGAAACUCCAUACAGAAGAAGGCUGCUGUGAUUACACAUAUUCUACAGUUCUGGUGUAUUAUUCUGUAGUACUCCUUUAAGCCCUUUUUAACAACAUCAUUCUUUCAGCAGCUUGGCAAAACUAUUUACUGUUGCUGGAUGCAUUUACAAAACAAUCAGACAUCAAAUUCAUGUAAAAAAAAGUUCUUGGUUGAAAAAACAACAAUCCGCUGCUGUAUGAUUCUUAGCUUUUGUCUAUUCAACAAGUUUUAGUAAAUGUAUGAACUAGUUGAACAUUCAUUCCUAUGUAGGAGUUUAGACACCUUUAUCACACUUCUUUUGCCUCAAAUGUCUGGAAAAUUCAGAAAUUUCAUGCACACCUAUAGACAUUUCACUUUUUGGGGGACUUUUAAUUCUAAAUAUGCAAGAAUUGAUUGUAUUUGUGUUGUAAUUGUCCUUUUCUCCAUAAAGAAAGGAAUGAAGGAUAAAUUUAUCUCUGGUUCAAUUAAAAAAAAAAAGAUUUUCCCGUUACACCUAAAUUUGCUUGACGAUCAUUCGGCUAGUUCAGACCAAGAAUAGAGAUAUAGAAGGACGUUGCUUAAUCUGCUCCAUAGACAACCCUCUUUCUUACUGAACCUUUAUCUUAAUGACGCUCACAGACCCAAAUAAAUCUUUCAGCUAAAAUAUUCACCUGACAAAAUCUUCAAAAUUCGUUCGGCUCGUUUUGGAUUAAAAUACUGAUGAAAUGACACAUCACUCCGAUACGACUUAUAUAUAUUUAGUGCAAAUGUAAAUUUUUUAGAGCAAUAAUUCUAAACUGAUCCAAAUUGGAUUUACUUUUAGCCAAACCACUUAUCCAAUUUUCUGGUUGUGUGGAAACGUCUGUGGCUGUAUGGCCUUUUUCUUCAAGUUCUUCCUCUCACACAGCUGUUGUUGAUUGAACCCUGGCUCUUUUAGUUACAACACUGUGUGCUCUUCAAUGCUGAAUGUUGAGUGUGUUGUGUUAGUGUUAAGAUGAGAUCAAACAUUUCUGGUAUGUUUUUUUUGUGUCUCUGUUGUACAUCUAGACACUGAAGAGCAGUAGGGAACUCGGUGAAUCGGAAAAAAGCCGACAACACUUUGCCCUGGAUGUGUAAUCUGUCAUUGUGUCUGAAUGAACACGGUGUUCAGUCAUCCAGGUUACGUCUAAUGUCUUGUAGUAGUGAGUUUAACAACUAGGGCAUGAUUUCUAGAUCAUUAUCUAAAGCAUAGGUUCUCAAACUGGGGUUCAGCUCCAUCCACUCCAGGUGUCUGUGAUUUAUUCAUGUAUUUAUGGCGGUAAACAUUACAGCCCACUUUUAAUAUUAUUACUGAAUUGUUCCUAAUCCCCCGGAGUUGUUGUUGUGAGGCUGUCUGCCUCUCAUUAAUAAACACACUUUACACAUUCAAAUAAUGAGGCUAAUAUCUGAACGAGUUUUGUUUACGCUCGAGAAUCAGUGUUGAGAGAAUUUCUGUAGAAUUUAUUUUCUAUAGUCCAAAAGAGUCUCUGACUGCAAAAAAGUUUAAGAACCCCUGAUUUAGACUUAAUACUACAGGACAGAUACUAAUAAACAAUGUAUUAAAGUCAGAAAACAGUACAAAGAGCUUCACUGGGAAAAAAAAAUCUAUGCAAGUUAAAAAAGGAAAAGCAAAUUCAUGUAAUGUGUAUAAUUAGCAGAGAGAUUAGUAUAUAAGAGAUAAACUUAUCCAACUCAUUGAAACGUAUUUCUAGAGUGCUUUACUAAUGAACUACUUAUUUCAAGCUUGAAAUGGUCUCGUUUUUGAUCAUAUUUUCUGGAAAAAUAUAAACCAAAAGCGAAAUGAUCCACUCAUUAUCCGUUUUGAGCCUAAAAUUACGGCCGUGUCUAAAAAAAGACAUAUUAACCAUCUAAAUGGUGGAAUCUGCCUCCAUUGGAGAGAUUUCUACUUGCUUAGAUAUGAUGUGUGGCAGUGCUCCAGUGUUUGAGCAUUUUAGCGAUGUUUUAAUCGACCAUCCCUUCUGCAUGCAUGUUUGACGCAUGCGUGUUUUAGCAGUCGCUUGCUAAAUCUGAUCUCUUCUGGUGUAAACCCAGUACUGUAACGGUGUACUGCAGGAAGCAGCAUCGUACUGUAGUUGACUGAGUAAUAACCCUGGUUGUGUGUAUACUGUAGAUAUGUUUACAUGGAUACUUGCUAGGAGCCCAGGCUUUGGUUACAAAAGUCUAGAGAGGCUCAGUGCUUUGUACGUUCCCUUUCCUCACUAUUCCAGCUAGCUGACUCAGUUCACUUAAGCUGCAAAUGCUUUUUUUAGGUGGUGUGUGUGUGUGUGUGUGUGUGUGUGUGUGUGUGUGUGUGUGUGGUUGAGGGGAAUCCAGUGUUUUAAAGGACUGUUACUACGGCAGCCAGUACAAUGCUUCUGCUGACGUAUUAAACUAUUAUAACUCUGCCUCUCGCUUUACUGUGCAUGCCUUUUCGUUUAGCUGCUCUUAUUUAAUAUCCAUAUCUGUAUUUAUGUCUUUUAUUUUGCAGCAGUAACUGUACAUAAAGACCCUUUUUUUGUUGAACUUCCACCUGUGAUAGAAUCUGUAAACACCAUUUGCUCUAGAUAAAGCAAAACCUCUGAGUUUCACAG